AUGGUUGUGAGAGCCCCAAAUAAAUUUGCUAGUGCUGCUUACUUUGGUUCCAAAAAUAGCAGUAAUCCUUUAGAUUAUUUACCAGAAGGGUUCUUGCAGAGAACCAGAGACCAAGGUUUGGUUAUUCCUUCAUGGGCACCUCAGAUUCAAAUCCUUAGUCACAAUUCCAUCGGUGGAUUCUUGAGUCACUGUGGUUGGAAUUCCAUCCUUCAGAGUUUGCAGAAAGGGGUGCCAUUAAUAGCAUUUCCAUUGUUUGCAGAGCAAAGAAUGAAUGCUUGUUUGUUAACUGAUCUGAAGGCGGCACUGAGGCCAAAGGUUAAUGAAGAUGGCAUAGUGAAAUGGGAAGAAAUUGGAGAAUCAAUAAAGAAUUUGAUGGAAGGCGAAGAAGGUAAGGAGAUUUAUAAAAGAUUAAGGGAUUUAAAAGAUAUUGUUGCUAAUGCGCUAAAAGAAGAUGGCUCUUCUGCAAAAGCACUACGUCAGGUAGCUUUGAUAUGGAAAAAUUUGGAUGGGAAUCAGAAAUGA